UAGCGCUGUACAACCCGCUUAAAGCAACAUUGCUGUUUACAUCAUUUCUGUGCUACUCCACAGCAAAAAUCUACACAGGAGCUUGGUUUUUCAUCAUUUUUCAUCUAUUUUUCUCACCGUCUUCGAUGAGUCUCAAUUAGUGCUACCGAGAGUUUGUAAAUAUACUGUAAAAAGUUACCCCGCACCCCAAUUAUGACAGGUGGUGCUCAACAUUAGGUGCAACGUUUUUAGCUUUAGAUUUUGCCAAACUUUCUCUUAAAGAAUAUGCCUCCCAACAAACGACUACAAAAGAAAGAACUACAAUUUGAAUGUGAGUGGGGCUCGUGUCAGGAAUCGUUCAGUCAGAUGGAAAAAUUCUGCAAGCAUGUGGAUGAUCACUUGAAUUCUGUGAACAUGGCGAACGACGACGAAGAAGAACCCGAGGACGAGAGAAACUGUCUUUGGAGAGACUGUGGCUUCUGCUCCGUGGAGGGUCCUGAAGAGUUCCGGCGGCAUCUCUACUUUCACUGUUACCACACCAAGCUGAAGCAGCUGGGUCAGCAGGUGCUCAAUGGCCAGUGCAAAAUUGGAACCUGCUCUAUCGGUUACCAGAACCACAACAUUGUUCCUGAAAUCCCUGACAAUUUUGUCUGCCAGUGGGAAGAGUGCGAGCAACCACCUUAUGAGAACCCGGAGUGGUUCUACCGACAUGUGGAGCUCCACAGCUUCUCCAUAGACAUACCAGCGGGAGACUGUGAAUUCCCAGUACGCUGUGGAUGGAAGGAUUGCGAAGCCACUGCUAAAGGGCGUUCCAAGUUACGGGAGCAUCUACGCAGCCACACCCAGGAGAAGGUAGUGGCGUGCCCUGGUUGUGGAGGGAUGUAUGCCAGCAACACAAAGUUUUUUGACCACAUCAUUCGACAGAGCGCCAUGGAAGGUCAAAGGUUUCAGUGCUCCCACUGUUCCAAACGUUUUGCAACAGAGAGACUGCUGAGAGACCACAUGAGGACCCACGUGAGCCACUACAAGUGUCCAUUGUGUGACAUGACUUGUCCAUCACCUUCAGCGCUGCGCAACCAUAUUAAAUUCCGCCACAGUAACGAGAAGCCAUACAGUUGUGAAUACUGCGAAUACAGCUGUAAGAAUCUGGUGGAUCUGCGCAAACACUUGGACAGCCACAGCAGCGAGCCUGGUUAUCACUGUGAUGUUGCUGGCUGUGAUUUCUCCUCUCGCACCCUUAGCACCUUGAAGAUUCACCAAAAAAGGGAGCAUGAGGGGAAUUUUAUAGCUCGCUACAAGUGCCAUGUGUGCGAUCAGUGCUUCACCAGAGGCAAUAACCUCACUGUACAUUUGCACAAAAAACACCAAUUCAAAUGGCCGUCUGGACACCCAAGGUUCAGGUACAAGGAGCAUGAUGACGGCUUCUUGCGUCUGCAGCUGAUCCGUUACGAGAGCGUGGAGCUGACCGAGCAGCUGAUGCAAGAGAGGCAGAAUCGUCACGACGAGGAAGGGGGCGAAGAGGCUCCCAGGGCUGCUGCGCCUUCAGAGAUGCAGGUAGAGCUGAGAGGGCUGCUGCUCGAGGAGCAGAGGACGGAGGCACCCGCCAGUGGCGGCGAGGAAGAGGGCAUGUUGUACGUUCUCACUGGAGGUUUGACGCAGGCGGUGGACAGCACUUUGAUGUUGCAGUAUCAAGAUACUGCUCAAGAACACGAGAUGCAGACUAUCUGACCUCCUCCACUAUUAGGUCUGCAUUGGCUUUUGUGGGUGGAUUAUUGUAAUUGUACUGUAAAGUAUUAAUUUACACAACCAGACUAUAUUAUGGUUUGUUUGUACGUCUUGUUUGCCAACUUUGUGGACAACCAGAUUAUUUUCAAGUCACCCAGUACGUCUUCCCUACUGUCUAGCAUCCUCGCAUAUGUCCCCAUCAUUUUCUGUAAUAUCAAGCUUUAAGGUUAAUAACUAAAAUGGCAAGUGUGAAUUUACCACAUUACCACAAGAGGAACAAAUAAUAUUUUAUGUGAAAACAUAAAGAACAACUUUGUUGAUCUGGAACUUCUUUACUGUCUACUGUUUGGACAUCAUCUAACAACAUAAAAUACGGUCUUAAAUAUGUUAUUUAAAAUGUAUUAACAUUACUGUGAUAUAAAAGAAAUGUAUAACCUUAAGUUUAACUUUUAAAUGUUUUUUGAGGACGCUAUAACAUAACUACAAAACGGAGCUAAAGUGCUUGUACAGCCGGGUCAGAAUUUAUAGAGCACAACCACUCGUCGUGGUGUGUUUGUAAGUUAUGAUCAUAUUUAAUUGCUUCAUUGAUAAAGGUAGCGGGUUAUGCCUUUUUUGUGAGGAGUUUGCUUACCACCGAAGCAGCUCAAGUUUAAUCUGUCACAUCAACGCAAACCACCCAGUCACAAUCUUUUGAUCUGCCGCAAAUAUGUGUAAAUGUAAUGUGUGUAAUAUAUAUGGAAGGAAUUUAAAUGAAAAUACUUCAAAGGGAGGGCUUUUGUCAGCAUUUUUUAGAUGAGAUUUAAAAAAAGUGAUUAAUUAGAUCAAUUAGUUGCAGAUAAUUUGUAAUAUAUAUUUGACAGCAUUAGUUAUAUGAUUUUUUAAACUCAUAUUUUGGCUACUUUAUAUUGGAUUUGUAGGCACUUUUUAUAUUAAAAAAAUGUGUGUGUGUGUUUUUUAAAAAUAAAACAAAUUAUUUAGGGGUUUUUGAGCAUUUUUAUGGCAGCCCCCCUAAAAUAGGCCUAACGACACACACACACCAUUGCAAGAGGCUUUUAGUGUCGUAGUUCUUGCUGUACCUGGGUCACUUUCUGCUGCAUACACUGUACCGUACUUGGCUAGUAAUUCCACACCUCUGAUUUUCCUUCAUGUCUUUUGUACUUUUUUGCCUGUAUGGAUGUGAAAUGGGUCUUAAAUUGUAUUCAUUAUGUUUUUUAAAAAGUCUUUAAAAGUUAAUACAACAAAUUGUGUAGGUAUACUUAAUGAAGUGGCCAGUGAUUGUACGCUGCAGAAAAUACUGUAGUUACCUGUAUUACAGUAGCGUCCUACCACGCCCCCUGGUGGUAUUUUCUUUAUCGCAUCUCAGAAUUAAAUCCCAUCUGUCACUGCUGAGGCAAACAAACGGUGUAUAUACAAUCAAACUGAUCUGAGUUGACUUUAAGCUGUUCAUGCAUGUGGUUUUAAAAGCUAUAUUCCGAUGCAAAGUGUAAAGGACAGAUACAGUGCUGCAGUAGCACAAUCUUACAUUGUGGUGUGGAAGAUUAGGCAGCACACAGCUUAGUGUAGGUGUUACUCAUCUCAUCUUCUUCACUCUGCUAAUGUGCAAUGAUGGCCAUGUGCUGACUCCUCAGUGCACACCAGCAUGAGUUUCCAGAUCUGCAGGGUUUGACGGAGGGUAAAUACAAUGAAGUUUAAUCCACUGCUUCUGCUGCUGCUGUUUGCGUCCUUCCGGGGGUCAACUUCUCAGGUGUCUGAAUGGAUGGAGGAGGGAGAAGGUAGUGGUAAGAUCUAUUACGCUACUGUGUUUGCUUGUUUGUUGCAUGAUGGGAAAGAGAUGUUAUUACCAUGUGAAAGAUGUUUUGUUUUGUUUUGUUUUAAAGACUCUAAUCAGUGUUUCCAGUAGGUGAGACAGAAUGGAUCCUACACCCAGAUUUUUUAGGGGAUAUCUACUGGUCGGGGACAGCCCCACUUUGCUUAGGAGGCUGCAAGGCCCGCCACCAGGAGCUCAGACGAGAUCCCUGCGGAGACUCCAGCUGCUGCUGGUUAGGAUACAAGUCCCUGUGCCGAGUGAACUGCGGGAGGCCAGAUGUGGACUAUAAUGGCAUCAUGUAUGGAAAUGACUGGUGGGUGGGAUCCGUGGUGAGGUACACCUGUCGUUCUGGCUUCGUGCUGUUGGGAAACGUGACCAGAACUUGCCAGUCGAAUGGCCUCUGGACUCCCAAACCUUCCUGUCUAAGGAUGUGCAAAAAGGGGUCCAUUGAAAUCAGUGAGAGGGAACUCAACGGGACGUGCAACUCGACCUGUGCAUACAAGAGCUACGCGGGGCCUCCCAAGCUAGGCUGCACUCAGAUACACAACUGCAAGAAGAAGGAGACAGGCUGGAAGCGCUUCUUUGCUCAGUGUGUCCCUUGCAUCUGUGACUGUGCUUUACCAUGCUUAUCUACAGGCUGAGCGAGGCAUCACAUCAGAUGAACAACAUGUGGACGCGCAUAUUAAUGUUUGAUGACAGGAACUGGAUUAUUUUUGCAUAUCUUUAUUUUCCAUUCUACCCUUGUUUUGGUCAACAAGCUAUUAUGUGGUUUCAAUAACAGUUUCCAAGUGGUUAAAUGCACCUUUCUUUUAUACUACUGUUUUCAUUGCAACAUAGUGUAUCAUUUGUGUUUCCAUGCAUUUCCAUGUACUAAACACACCUGAAAGGUGUGAAAGCGUUUAUAUUAGUCGCGCCUCCUCCUGCUCCAUCUGUUCCCCUGGGAGCUGAAACCUUAAUCUCAUUGCAAAAAAAGGAGGAGCUCCACACUGGAAGCUCAGGGUUCACAUUUAACUAGGGCUCUCAAAAAUAGCGCGUUAACGGCGGUAACUAAUAUUUCAAUAAUUUGUUUAGGGUAAUUAAUGCACACGCAUCAUGGCAAGCCAAGGCUCUCUACUAUAACGACAGACGGCGGCACAGCGUAGCUCCCUACAGAGUCACAUGGUGUCUGACACUCUUUUAUUACUUUAUUCUUACCUGAACACACCAACAGCAGUGCAAUCGCGCACCAUGUAUGUUUUUCUAACUCCAAACUAACACGUCUCUAGUCGCAACAACACUUCCUUGUUGUCACGAGACAGACCGCGAGAUGCGUUCACUGACACUUCGAACAUCAUAACAACGUCUUUAUUAUGCGUGUAUGGGUGGUCUAAAUCAACAGAAAUGCGAAGAAAAUUAAUAAGUGGAUAUUCUUAUCACUCACUUUGUAACUCUUGAUGCGGAAGUACAAUUUUCUGCAUUUAAGUGUGCUCGGAAAUCACAGAAAAUUAACUCAAAACACGUGAUUUCACGUAAAUGACGUGAUGUCUUUGAACAUCACUCCUCAAUGCUCAUCAAUUGAAUCAAAUAUUCUGCUAUUAAAGUAACCUGCGUUAGGUAAAUAGAUUUUCAGACGUACGUGCCAUCUCUUAACUUGAUUUACAUUUUCAGUUAAUUUGGCGCUGUUAAUACAUAGAAACAUACUAUAUAUAAUCCUGCACUGCCAUUUAUGUUUCUUUCAAUAAAAUACAGUAAAAAUGGGCAGAUUUCAGACAUGGUAAUGGUAAUGGUUUAAUUUAUUUUGAACAUGCAUAGUUACAUUGAAACACAUCACAUAGUACAAUUCACUGUUCUACAUGUCCAAAAAGGAGUAAGAAGAAUCAAAACGUAUUUAAUCCUACCCCUCCAUCCAUUUCACAUCAUUUGCACUACUUUACUGCCUGUAUUCCAAAUGUACUCUUUGCUAGUUUAAAAUAUAUAGGGAAAUGAUAAGGUAAUAUAUAAUAUAUUAUAGUAAUAUAUAACAGUGAGACAUGGUGAUUAAUCAUGAUUAAUUCAUUUGAAAAGCGUGAUUAAUUAUAAAAAAAUGUAUCAUUUGACAGCCCUACAUUUAACACAGAAACAACGUUGUAGAUUGUUGAUUGUUCAUUUUUUGUAUUUGUAUUUUCAGCUUGUAUUUAUAAAUGUUGUAUAUAGUAUGACUGUUGCUGUAUCGGUCUCAACAAAAUACAGUAAGUAAGUAAAUACAUGCUAAGUGCUUUCAUAUUUUCCAAUCUGUCUUGUAAAAUGCACACGGCCUGUACCUAAUGGUCAUGUAUUAUCAGUGUUACCCACCAGAGGUUGCUGUUUCUCUUCUCUAACUCCUACUCAAAAUAUUUAAACUUUCCUAAAACAUCAGCCAUUAAAGAAAAAAGGAAACCACAACAGUCAUGUGACUACUUCUACUUUUUUCUGAAAGGCUCUCAAGUCUAUUUGGACCAAGUACUGAACCUCAGCACAAUGUGUUCAUUUUCUGCUGGGGUGUAGCAACCAAUUCCUGUACGGACACAUGGAAAAAAAUAUGUUAGUUUGUAAUAUUUUGAAAGGAAAUGACAUUGUUGUACUUCAGGGGAAGUAGCAAAAAACAUUUUUGUGGGCAGUAGAAAAAUAUGUGUAUUUUUGGGGAGGUUCACUGCGGCACACUUUGAAAACCCCCGUUUUAUUAUGUUCUCAUCAGGCUUGGGCAAAAUUUUGAAUUGAAUUGAGAACGUCUCCCAAAUUCCCAAACCCUCACAAAUUUUAUUUGAAUGCCAAUUAAGUAGAACUGCAAUUCAAAUUUGAAUUGAAGGAAGUAAAAUUGAAAUUCCAUUUGAUCAUUUUUGUGUAUUCGACAGUCAUGCUUUACAACAUGUUCCGUACAUGACUGUUUUACAUAUUUCAUAGAAAUACAGCAAACCCUUGUUUAUCACGGCUAAUUGGUUCAGACCCGACUGUGAUAAGUGAAUUUCUAAGUAGGAUUCCUUAUUUAUGAAGGGAAUGUUUUCAUAGAUGGAGCAUAGAAAACCUGUUUAUGACCUUGUUAAUUUGUUAACAUUAUUAGAGCCCUCUAAACAUGAAAUAACACCCUUACGGUCACCCCAGCAUUUGUAUUACCCAAUACAGUAGAUAUAAUCAGAGAAAAUAAGCCAUUUACGCCAUAAAUAAAACUUGUGCUUGUUUGUGUCGCAGUAAAUGUGUUCUGGAUGUGCGGAGGACAGGAAGUGACAUCGGGGGUUCAGAGUUGAGUUUUAGCUUGGCAUGGGUUACGGCCGCAGCAGUAGCGCGUGUCAUGAUUCUGAUUAUUAUUAUGUUAUUAUUAUUGUGCCUGUUGUGAGCUAAUUCAGUGCAAUGCAAUAAAAGCCUGUUGUUCUGGCGAUGAAGUCUGGUGCUUGUCUCACCGACCAUUAAAGUAACAUUACUGACACC